AUGCCCGAGGUGUACCGCUACACCCGUGAGGGUGACGCGUCCGACGACGACGGCGGCUACAAGCGAACAAUCGUCCGCCGAUACAAGGUCGUCCCCGACCGCAGCGGCGAGAGUGGCUACCACGACCACCUUGACGAGGUCGAGGUCAUCGAAGAAGCAGAGAUAGAGGAACGUCGCAGCGGCGCUCGCUACGCCCCUCGUGCGCGUCGGCCCAGCCUAGACGAUGUAAUCGAGGUCGAGCGCCACGACCGCGAGGGGUAUCCUGAGCGGACGUAUACCGUCGUGGAGAGGCAAGUUGCGGCGAGGGAUAGGGAUGAUGAUGGGGUUGAGUAUUAUCGGGUCGAUGAGCGCGACCGCGAUCGUGAUCGCGGACGGGUUGUCUAUGAGGCGACGACGAGGGAGGUGGAGAGGGUUGAUCGCCCGGAGUCAUAUCCUCACUCGCCUAGGACCCCUCGCGACUGGGAGAGGAGGUCGGGGACGUAUUGGGAUGAUGAUAAGGAGACGGAAGUGAGAGUUGAAAAGCGCAUUGAGCGGAGGGGAUCGCAUGGAGAGGUCUUGGUUGAGAGACGCAUUGAAGAGCGCCGGGAUGAUGAUGGCGAACGCUGGCGCAGGGAGAUGGAGUAUUAUGAGCCAGUUAUGGUUCGGGACCGGGACCGUCACCCGGAGGGAAGAGUCGUCUACACCGAGGUCGGCGCACCGCUUGUUCUCCGGGAGCGCGAGGUUGACACCAAAGAGAUCGCUCUCGCUCGACGCCCGUCAAUUGAUGAGUACUACUAUCACCGGGAGACUCGCGAGGUGACACCCUACAAAGGGGACCGUCGCGAAGAUGAGGAUGACCACAAACACCAUCAUUGCCAUCACCAUCACCAUCAUCAUCAUCAUCAUCAUCGCUCCCGUCACCACAGUCGCAGCCGCAGACGGCACAGCGAUGCGACGUCCGAUGGCGAGCGCCGUAUCAGGCGCAAGAACAGCCACAAGGAGCGCAGUCGCAGUCGCAGUCGCAGUCGCAGUCGUUCUCGCAGCUCAUCAAGCAGCCGCAGCCCACACCGUAAGCGGCAUAUCGCCGAGGGUGCUCUCGCCGGCGCUGGUCUGGGCGCCAUCAUGGCCUCGCGGCGCGACUCGAACGGCGAGCUGCAGGAGCAUCGCGGUCGCAAGGUCUUGGCUGGUGCUGCUCUAGGCGCUGUCGCAACUGAAAUUGCCCGGCGCGCACACAACGCUCUCCAGGAGCACUUUGGCGGUGACGAGGAGAGAGGCCGGUCGCGGUCACGGUCUCGCUCACCCCCUCACUCGAAGCUCAAGACUGGUCUGGGUAUCGCCGCCCUUGCGCUUGCUGCGGCCGGCGCGGCGAAAUACUACGAGGCUAGCAAGAUCGAGAAAGAAGAGAUGAACCGUGGCCGGUCGCUUCGUCGCGAGGAUAGCGAUACCGAUCCGGACCGGUCACCUAGUCGCAAGCGCUCCAAGAGCCGGGCGUCAUCGCUGGCUAAGGCGGCGGUGGCCACGGCCGCUGCUACUGGGUUGUUGCAGCAUUAUCGCCACAAGAGCAAGUCGCGCGAUGGAAAGAGCCGGUCGCGGUCUCGUCUCAGGACUGUUGCCGAGAUGACUGCUGCUGGCCUGGCUGGCGCUGGGGCCAAGAAGCUUUAUGACUCUCACAAGGAGAAGAAAGAAGCCAAAGAGCGCGAGCGUGAUCGCGACCGCGGCGAGAGCGACUAUGAAUCUGAGUUCGAGCGCGACCGUCGCCGUCGCGAUCGCAGCCACAGCCACAGCCACAGCCGAAGCCGAAGCAGAAGCAGAAGCAGAAGCAGAAGCAGAAGCAGAAGCAGAAGCCGCCCGGAAUACCCCGACGUGGAGUUGGGCAUGGUCGAGUACGGCGAUCGCCCUGUUGUCUCUCAAACUCCGUACCCAGAUGAGUAUCCUCCUGAGAUGACGGCCGGGUAUGAUUCGGCUAGUGAGGAAAGACAUCGGAGCAGGAGCCGCAGCCAGACCCAUCGGCGCGGCUCGAGGGGACGCAGAGGCGAGGAUGAAUACUUUGUUGAUAGCGAAGGUGAGCAGCAUAAGAAGCCGGAGAAGAAGAGAAGUGGCAGUAGGUUGCGUGAUGCAGCAGUUGGUGCGGCGGCUGUAGGCGCUGCUGCCAUUGGGUUGAAGAAGUUGAGUGACAAGGGGAAGGAGAAGGAAGAGAGAGGGAGAUCCAGGUCCAGGGAGAGACAGAGAAGCAGGUCGAGGUCCCGGUCGAGGUCUUGGUCGAGGGAGAGAGAUCGGGAGAGGGAGCGCGAGCGGGAGAGGAGAAAGGGUCUGGAGAGGGAUCGGAGACGCUAUGAGGAAGAGGAGAAGGCAUACCGAUAUGACCUCCCCGGAUCGCCUCACGCUCCCCCUCCUCCGAAUGCCCCUCCACCGCAGGGCUAUUCGAACAUCCCUCCUACUCCUCCUCCUCCUCCUCCGCCUCCGCCUUCGGGUAACGGAUACCCCCAGUACACGUCUCCUUCGGACAAGCAAUACACGGCAUACCAUCCUCCGAACUCACAGUAUGGUCCCCCUCCGCCGGCACCACCACCGCCGCCGCCGCCGCCGCCGCCUCCAGCAACGAUGGCGGGCGCCCUACCUCCGGCCACGCCAACGCGACCUGAACAUCCACAAGCACCACCAGCAGAAGCCAUCGCUCCCUCCGUAGUCGGUAACAAGGAUCGUCUAGACACCACACCCAUCCCUCCUCCCGACAUCCCCGAACCCGAAAGCCCCCGCACAGUCAAAUCCGUCACCUUCGGCCCUUUAUCUCCCCAAUCCCAAGCUACACUUCGUCGGCAUCACUCCAAGCUGGACGGUAAAGACAACAAAUCCGACACUGAAUCUACCAUAAGCGAUGCCGAUAUAACCAUUCCUAGCAUGACCCGUCGUUCAACGAUAGAUGACGACGACUCGAUUGAGUUCCUUCCUGACAGGUUCGACUCUCAGGGCAGACCGCUCGAUGGGUCGCCUACCUCGUCUAGGACAGGGGGUUCUAGGAUGCAUAGUCGGCGGGGGGAGUUCAAUUACCGCAAUGUGCAUGGGGAGUGGGGGGUGUCGGGAACGGAUGCGGAGGUUGUGGAGCAGAUUGUGCAGGGUGUGACGGAGGUUUUAGAGGGGACGGGUGGAGGGUUGUUGGGACUGAUUGGGGGGUUGCUUGGGGGAGGAUUGUUGGAGGAUAUUGAGCGGGACAGAGAGGAGAAGGAGAAGAGGAGGAAGGCAAAAGAAAGGAUUCAAGACCGCGAUAGAGAUAAGGAUCGGAAGGAUGGGGAGAGGAUUAUAGAUAGGGAGCCGGAACGGGAAGGAGAACGGGAUAGGGACCGUCGGAAGAAAGACAGACACGGCAGUGAUGAUGCGAGAGAAAGGAGGGAUAGAAAGAGGGAAGAGGAACGAGAGAAGCGCUCUGGUCGUUCAAAAACCAAUGAGCGCAAGGAAAGCAGCAAGGGGAGGAUCCGGGGAAAUGAUUUGAUUUGCCUUCGUGAUGACCAUGACCAUGUUUAUGACCAUGACGAUAAUGAUGUUGAUCCGAAGAGGAGACAUCGGAGAAGGUAG